UUCCAGUAAGAUUCACAACUACCGACUGUUGGUUUAACUGCUUGAUUUCGAAUUUGUACAAGAAGUUUUUGGAGAAAAAGAGAGACAUGAAUUUGAUUAUUGAAACAGAUCCAAUUGUUGAGUAUAUACUUGGGUAUUUUUUAAGAUGUAAUGUUCCUUGGUGUACUGUUGACGAAGUCCUUUUCCCUAUAAAUCUGUCUGAUAAGUGGCACUGGAUAUUGGCGAGACUGUCAUUCAAAGAUCUACGCAUUUAUAUAUACGAUUCCAUGAGUGGCGCGCGGCAGAAUAGUGCAGUUCGGAGAUCAAUUGAGCCAUACUCAGUGUUGCUCCCAUAUUUCCUCCAUCGUAUUGGUUUUUGGGACACAAAGGAGAAUCCUAUGGGAAUCCCCACCAUUGAUUCUUUUGAGAUUCAUGUCAUUGAUGGGUUGCCAACGCAAGAUAACACUGACUGUGGUGUUUAUGUUGCUGCAUUUGCCGAGUACAUCAUUCAAGGCAGUAGAAUUCCUGAAGCUAUUGAUAUUGAUGGGAUACGGAACCGAUAUGGUAUAUUGCUAUGGGACUAUGGAGUGAAGAAACAAAGAGCAAAUGCACUUAGUGAUGACGAGUCUACUGGUAGAUUGAAGGAUCUGGCCAAAAAGGAUAACAAGAAAAAGGGCAAGUCGCAUUUCGUUGUUGAUGACAAGGAUUUGAAGGAUAACAAGAAAAAGGUCAAGUCACAUUCCGUUAUUGAUGACAAGGCUUUGAAAGAUAACAAGAAAAAGGGCAAGACGCGUGCCGUUGGUGAUGACGAGACUUUGAAGGAUAUCAAGAAAAAGGGCAAGUUGAAGGGCAAGAAAAAGUAGUU